UGCUCUAUCUCACGCGACUUAUGUCAAUCCCUAUGUGUUAGAGAGAGACCGCAAUCCAUGUGACAAACUUCGAUUUUCUUACGAACAUAUCCACAAGAUGGCGAUUUUGACAUAAAGCGUUAUGUUUUUGUGAUAAUAUGUGAUUAUUUUUAUAAAGGUGUUUUAUGUGAAAAUGACAGAAAUUGUGUUCAAUUAAAUGACAAUAUGACUUUGUGAUCUUUAUAUGUAUGUAAUCUUGACUUCACGUCGUACCGGUGCGUGUAAAAAUGCACAUCAAACAAAGGACUAUUAGUGAUAACAUUCUGAGAUCAUUUUUUAUAAUAUUACAGUUGAAAAAAACUUUUAGUUUAGUAAGAUAAUCAGAUCAGUUUAAAGAUUUUUUUACUAUUGUGACUCUACAGUGUAAGUUAUUUAAUUAGUAAAUACGCACAUUAAUUGAAUAGAAACUUUAUUUUGUGAUUGUGAAUAAGAAACCACCGUUAUCAACGCAUGCGGAAUUCCUAUGCAUUUUCUUUAACGGCAAUUACUAUAAGGCAGUAAUAACAACUGUCGGAGCUCUGUCGCAGCACGGAGCAAAAAUGGCGAGUCUUUUACUCGGUCGACUAAAUCCAAUCCUAUAAGCAAUUUUAUUCAAAUAUCGAAGCUAAACAGCAGUAAAAUACCGUACCGUCGGCGGAGAGAGUAUAGGAUUUAUUGGAAGGAUCUUCCUAAUAACAAGCGGUCACGCACCGCACGCAGGAGGAACGUGCUAGUAGUCGGAGUCGGAGUAAUACAAAUACGGCGAGAGCAGCGUAAUCACAAUAGUGCGGGGGCAUGCGCUUGUGCAUGCGGGUGUUGUCACACCCCACGGCAGUGGUUUGACUCGCGUGCGUCACCUUCCCUAGAGCGAUCGAAUAACCACCCUCGACUGAUCCAUCCCGAAUAAUCUCCCGAAAAAAGCAUGGUGUCUCGGUACGUGCCCAACAUGGGCCCGGCGCCAGGCCAGCAUCCCCUCAUGAGCGUUCCGCACGUGGGCAUAGUGCCGCAUACGCACGCCGCCGCCGCGGCUGCGGCCGCACACGCGAUGGCUCUGGGGAAACCGCCCCCGCAGCUGUCUUCGGGUCAACCUCAGCCCCAGCAACAGUCCAAUCAGCAACAGCCUCCCGAUGGCUCCGGAUACGUUCAACAACAGCAACAAUCUCAACAGCAACAGCAACAAGCUUGUCUGCUGCCACAACCUGCUCAUCAUCACUACAGACUCGUGCAAAGAUCGGAGUACCAUGUAACAACACCUCCCGGCGGCGGGUUCGUACCGACGCAGGCGGGACCCAACCAGGCCGUUCCGCCGCAGACGCAGCAACAGCAGCAGCAGCAGCAGCAAGGGCAGCAGGCCCACCGCGGCAUGGUGCCCAACGCGCCGCCUACGCCGCCGCAGCAGCAGCAGUCGCAGCAGCAACCGCAACAGCAGGACUUGAACAAGAUGCAGCAGCAGCAGCCGCAAAUGACAAUCCCUAAUUUUGUGCCCAAUGCAACAAGUGUGAGGGGAACCACGCCAAAUGCAUUUCCAGCCUUCAGACCUCAAGGGCAACCUCAGCAGCCGCAGAGACUUGCACAUCAUAGAUCAUAUCUACCACAGCAUGCAGCAAUGUAUCCGCAGGUUCCUAUGAUGUUCAGCACUCAAAUGAUGGCACAAGGACAGUACCCACCACGACAAGCAACACCAACACAAUAUUACUCUAAUCUACAAAAUUUUCCAAUAAUCAAUACGCAGCAUCAAAUGCCGGCGUAUGCAUUUAGUCAACCUUCGCCAUCCCAACCUUAUUAUUUUUCUGUACCUCAAAUGGGUAUACCACCCAGACCUGUACAAGGUACAAACGUACCCACCGCAGUGCCUGUUCAACAACAACAACAGAUGCCAAUGCAGGGAUCUGUACUGACUCAACACCAGCAUCAAACUACUCAAUUAAAUAAAGCACCAAAAAAUCAAAGGAGGAAACAUGCCAUAAAAAUAGUAAAUCCUGAUUCAGGGAAAGACGUUCUAGAGGAAGUGUUAGAUGAAAAGUCUACAGACGAAAGUGAAGAUUCUAGCGAAAGACAAACUCCUCAGCCUGUGCCUAAUCCAGAGGUUGCAGCAGAAUUUGCAGCCAGAGUUGCUCUCAUGGUGGAAAAAGAUGAGAGCAAUUCGAGAACUCAUGACGAAGCUCACCUGAUUGGAGUACCUUCAGGGGGUGACACAAUGGACGGUAGUGUUCAAGUAUGUCCACCAGACAUGACUAUGAUUAAUCAACAUAAUCAUUCUGAGCCAAAAAUUAUGUCCAAUGCCAAAGUUGUUAGUGGAGAUAUGCAGAUAUUAACUCAAGGUGUAGGUAAAUUAGGUUUCAUUGAACAAGGUUUAAUCGAGGACGACUAUUCCAAUGAAAGCAAAAUGAUUCUAAAAGAUGUAAAAAGUGAAAUCAGUGUAAGUGAUAGCAAGUUGCAGGCGAGUACGAGAGAAUUCAUUCCUGAAAACCAACAAGCCCAACGUAGCAUACCAGUGGUAAUUGGUAAUAAUACUACUCCUGUUGUAUCAGCAAUGUCUGAUGGACCUUCUGUAGAAAUAGUGCCAAAACAUUCAUCGAAAUCUAUGAAAAACAUAGUAUUAUCGCAAGGUUCUGAUUCUAAAGUGCAGAAUAGGAAACAACAGAAUAAAAGUGCUGAUCAGAAUCAAAAUGCUGAAAUUAAAACUGACACUUCUAAGCCACCAACUGGCAAAGAAAACCAACCUAAAUCUAAACGUAAUAGUGAAAGUGAAGUGAAAUUGAGAACAGAAACUAGUGUUGCAAAGAAAGAAAACUCUAACACGAAAGUAGUGUCUGACAAGCCAAAUGGACAAGAUUUGCCAGUAGCUAACACUGAAGCAAUAUAUAGGUAUUCUAGUGUAGAAACAUGA